ACUCCCUUCACGCUGCAGCAGCUACUUUUCACAAACUCAUCAACAGUCAGUUUGCUGGAGGAAGAAGCUGUAAAUGCUCCUCUCUGGAAGAUGUUGUUGCUAAGCUUCACGUUAACAGCCCUGGCCCUGUGGCGUCCCAUCACAACACAGGAGCCGGAGUUUGCAGAUGUGUGCACCGAGGGCAGCUGUUACCCCGCCACAGGUGACCUGCUGAUUGGCCGGGCGCACAAACUCACCGCCUCCUCCACCUGCGGCCUCCGUCAGCCCGAGCAGUUCUGCAUCGUGGGACACCUGGAGGACACAAAAUGUUUCAUGUGCGACUCCAGAGAAAUGUACGAUGAGGACACCAACCCCAGCAGCCACACCAUCGAGAACGUGGUCACCACCUUCGCCCCCAACCGCUUAAAGACCUGGUGGCAGUCGGAGAACGACGUUCCGUCCGGCUGCCAUGAUCAUCGAGCGUUCGAUGGAUUACGGGAAAUCGUGGCAGGUUUAURGUUACUUCGCCAACAACUGCCGGUCGAUGUUUCCAAGCAUCUCUGCAGGCCCCAUGYUCAAAGUGGACGAUAUCAUCUGUGACACCCGCUACUCAGACAUCGAGCCGUCCACAGAGGGAGAGGUGAUAUUUCGAGUGUUGGACCCAGUAUUUGCGAUCGAAGACCCCUACAGUUUGAGGAUACAAAACAUGCUGAAGAUCACGAACCUCAGGGUGAAGUUCAUCAAGCUUCACACGCUGGGAGACAACCUGCUGGACUCCCGUGAGGAGGUGACGGAGAAGUACUACUACGCCCUCUACGACAUGGUUGUCCGUGGAAACUGCUUCUGCUACGGUCACGCCUCAGAGUGRGCGCCGAUCGACGGACAACUGACCGGAGCUGAGGGCAUGGUCCACGGCCGCUGUGUGUGCAACCACAACACAGAUGGCCUGAACUGUGAGCGUUGUCAGGACUUUUACCACGAUUUGCCUUGGAGACCUGCAGAGGGACGAAACACCCACGCCUGCAAGAGGUGCGAGUGCAACCAUCAUUCCACAUCAUGCUACUUCGACCAUGCCGUGUACGUCUCGACCGGCGAGGUGAGCGGAGGUGUGUGCAACGACUGUCAGCACAACACGGUGGGCCGACAGUGCGAGCAGUGUGCACAAUUCUUCUACCAGCACCCCCACAGAGACUUGAGAGACCCCAACAUCUGUGAACCUUGUGACUGUGACCCGGCCGGGUCUCUGCAGGGCGGACUGUGUGACUCGCACACAGACGUGGCUGCAGGGAUGAUCUCAGGUCAGUGCCGGUGCAAAGCCAACGUCGAGGGAGAACGUUGUGAUCACUGCAGACAGGGACACUAUGGACUGGGAGAAAGUCCCGAAGGCUGCCUGCCUUGCACCUGUAACCUGCUGGGAACAAUGCCAGGAGCAAACACCUGCGAUUCAGACACAGGACGAUGCUUCUGCAAACGYCUUGUCGAAGGACACAACUGUGAUCAAUGUCUGCCGGAGCACUGGGGUCUGUCGAAUGACAUGGACGGCUGCAGACCGUGCAACUGUGAUCAAGGAGGUGCAGUCAACAACAACUGUGACCCUUACUCAGGCCAGUGUGUGUGCCGGGAGCACAUGUUCGGARGUAGCUGCAAUCAGGUGGAGUCCGGGUUCUACUUCAUCUCUUUGGAUCACUACACGUACGAAGCUGAGGAUGCCAAACAUGGACCUGGCGUUGCAUUGGUACAUAGACUUUAUCCUCAGGAGAGAAGCCCCACAUGGACCGGGAUGGGCUUUGCUAACGUCCCUGAGGGAGGGUUUUUAGAGUUCAACAUCGACAACAUCCCAGAGACAAUGGACUACGAUGUCCUUAUACGCUAUGAGCCACAGUUGCCACAUCAGUGGGAGCAGGUGGAUGUUCGAGUAGAGCGUCCAGUCUUCAGCCCUCAAGUCUACCCCAGUCACUGCAUAAACUCUGGGCAGGGCGGAGAUGAGCAGUAUACCUCUCUGUCGCCUGGAUCCAGGCAUGUCCUGCUGAAUAAKCCCGUGUGUUUCGAGAAAGGAUUGAAUUACACGAUCCGUCUUUCAUUCCCAUACUACUCAUCAAUCGGCAGCGUCCAGAGUCCWUACACGCUCAUCGACUCCUUGGUGUUGAUGCCUCGAGUCAGCGAGUUGGACWUGUUUCACGGGGCAGAGGGCGAAAAAGCGUGGGAUACAUUCCAGCGCUACAGAUGUCUGGAAAACAGCCGGAGCGUCAUCAAAAGCCCCAUGACGGACAUCUGCAACCACUACAUCUUCAGUGUGUCUGCUCUGCUUCAGAAAGGAGCCGUGGCAUGUGAGUGUGACCCUCAUGGUUCGCUCAGCACCAUCUGUGAGUCCAGCGGCGGUCAGUGCCGGUGRCGACCCAACGUGGUCGGCAGGAACUGUGACCAUUGUGCUCCGGCUACUUUCCUGUUCAGCCCCACUGGCUGCAGACCGUGUGACUGCGACUCGCUGGGCUCCACCAGCCCCUUCUGCCACGCGGCGACCGGACAGUGCGAGUGUGUCCCCGGAGCCACGGGUCGUCAGUGUUCCCACUGCCUGCCGGGUUUUUGGGGCUUCCCUCAGUGCCGACCGUGUCACUGUAAUGGGCACAGCGAGUACUGCCACCCUGAGAGCGGAGAGUGUCAGGGCUGCAGGGACUUCACCACCGGACAUCACUGUGAGAGGUGUAUCAGUGGUUAUCAUGGUGACCCAGAACUUGGUUCAGGAGYCCACUGUCGUCCCUGCAUGUGUCCUGACGGGCCGCGCAGUGGUCGUCAGUUUGCAGACAGCUGCUACCUCCUGACCAACCAGCUGGUGUGCGUGUGCAGCCACGGCUACAGAGGCGCCAGGUGCGACGAGUGCGCCCCGGGAUACUAUGGCAACCCUCUGAUUCCAGGAGGGAGCUGCAUGCCCUGCCAGUGCAACAACAACAUCGACAUGCARGACCCCAGGUCGUGUGACGCCCGCACCGGCGCCUGCCUCAAGUGCCUGUACCACACGCAGGGUCACGCGUGCCAGCAUUGCAAAGUGGGUUAUCAUGGCAACGCCGCCACACAGAGCUGCAGGAAGUGUAUGUGCUACACGGUGGGGACGGUAUCUCAGGCCUGUUCCUCCUCGGAUGACUGCGAGUGUGAUCAGCGUACCGGACAGUGUCCCUGCCUGCCCAACGUGGAUGGUCCGAACUGCGACCGCUGCGCACGCGAUACCUGGAACAUAGAGAGCGGGUCGGGCUGCCAGCACUGCGACUGCGACCCCGUCCACUCCUACGGAUCCUACUGCCAUGAGGUCACAGGACAGUGUCUGUGCAAACCAGGAUUUGGUGGCAGGACGUGUCAGGAGUGCAAAGAGCUUUUCUGGGGAAAUCCAGAGGUUGAAUGUCGAGCUUGUGACUGCGAGCCACGGGGAAUCUCCAGUGAGCAGUGUCACCGAGCCACGGGUCUGUGUACCUGUGUGGAGGGUGUUACGGGACCAAGGUGUGACAAAUGUGCCAGGGGCUACCUGGGCGAGUUCCCCAACUGUGAACCCUGUCACCGGUGCUUCGCCGUCUGGGACACGGUGGUUGGCGAGCUGACCAARCAAACCCAACGACUGGAGGCCCAAGUGACGGAGUUGCUGACCAGCGGGGUGACGGCGCCUUACAAAGAGUUGGUCAGCAGCUUGGAGAGAAACGCCAAGGCUGUGAGGGCCAUCAUAGAGAACAGGACGGCCUCAGUGCAGCUGGAGCAGAUUCAGGACCUGAUGCAUCAGAUUACUGGCUUGAUGUCAUAUUUCAACGGAAAGUUGAAUACGACCGAGGAGAGUUUGAGCUUUCUCCACAAUGAAGCCAACAUUACAGAUAUUAGGCUUGAUGAACUGACGGAUGAGGCCCAAAAGCUGGAGCAGAACAUUCAAGAGCUGAAGCAGCAGGUCCUCGACGCCAAGAACGCCAACAUCUURGGAGCCAUAAGCACUGUUAUUAUGGCAKACACCGAGUCCAGAAUGGCUGAGCUGCGCUCCAACGCGUCAACAAGUGAUCCUGGCAACACUGUGGAGCAGUCAGCUGCAGUACGGAAAGCCACAGAGGACAAACUGAGCAGCAGCCAGAAAGAAUUCGAUCGAAAACACCAAAGAAACGAAAAGAAGCUGGACAAACUUUCCAAAGAGCUGGACAAAUUUGACUUGUCCCCGCUUAGUGAGAAGAUGUGUGGCGGUUCAGCAGAAGGUGAAGACUGUCCCCCCUGCGGUGGACUGGGUUGUGUCGGGGAGGACGGAGCGCCUCAGUGUGGAGGAGAGGGUUGCCGAGGUCUGGUCACGUCUUCAAAAACUGCCCUCAAAUCAGCCCAGGACCUGGACCAGGACAUCCAAGAGGCCAUGCAGGAAGUGGACAAGCUCUCCAGGAUGGUGUGGGAAGCCAACAUCCGAGCAAARGAGGCCAAGGCCAAAGCGAUGGAGGUGAUGAUCAAAUCCAACCGCAGCAAAGAGCGAGUUGAAGAGAGCAACAAUCAACUCCGCGACCUCAUCAGAGAGAUACGAGACCUUCUUUCCAACGAGAAGGCUGACGCAAACGUGAUUGAGGCGGUGGCCAAUGAGGUGCUGGCUCUGGAGAUGCCGACGUCGGCGGAAAAGCUGCAGGAGCUGACAAACGAGAUCCGAGACAGGGUCAGCACCCUGACCAGCGUGGAGACCAUCCUGAGCCAGAGCUCUGAGGAGAUGCAGGCUGCAGAGCUGCUGCUGAGACAGGCCAAGGCUGCCAGUGAGGAGGCAUCAAACGUAAAAGAGACAGCAGACACAGUGAAGGCUGCCCUGGAUGACACCGAGCGCGCUCAGAGCACCGCUCUGGAUGCCAUCCGGCUGGCUCGAGAAAACAUUGUGGGAACAACGAAUCUGCUGAUUUUGGUUGAGUCUGAGACYGAAAAGUCAGAGCUGAAGCUCAGCAACGCCACGGGUCGCCUGGUGCAGCUGGAGCGAGACGUGGGCCUGCUGAGGCAGAACAACCUGGAGAUGAAGCAGCAGGUGGAAAAGACAGAGCGGAUCACGGAGCAGGCCCGACAGAACGCAGAGGACGCGCAGCAGGAGUUUGACGAUAAGGUGAAAGAUCAAUUCGAGACCUUGGAAGAGCAGGUGGCAGGUAAAGCAGAGUCGGUGUUGCAGGCGAGAAAGAAAGCAGAUGAGCUGCAGCAGGAAGCCAAGGAGCUGCUGGAGCAGAGCAGCAUUAAGCUGCGGAGACUCGAAGAGUUGGAGCGCUCCUACGAAGCCAAUCAGCAGAUCCUGGAGGACAAAGCUGCAGAUCUGGCCGUGUUGGAGGAAAACGCCCAGCGCAUCCUGGACGAGAUCAGCCGCAAAGUCACUCAGUAUAUCUCCUGUCAAUAUUAAAGCUUCUUCGGCUGGGAGGCUCAAAUAUUUUGACUGCACUACUUCCUUUUAUAGCUGAUGAACCAAAACACUAAUAUAUUUGACAUUGUAAGUMCCACAGUUGAGCUGCCAGAGGCCAURAGGAAAACCAUGGACAUGCACAGGRAGACGUCAGGUGGUGCUCGAGCACCUGCCCUUUUCCCUCCGGACCAUCAAGUGCCCCAUGUCGAACCAGCUURGUUUUUUUAUGCUUCAUCUAUUGGUUGCACUUCUUAUUGAGUGUACAACUGUAAUAGUAAUAUUUUUAAUAUUGUUAAUAAUAAUAUUGCCCACACCCUCCCUUCACCACACGUGCGCACCAGCAGCAGCUGUCGCUCAAUGAACGCGCUGCACGUUCUGACAGGAGUGUUGCUAUGAAGCAGCUCCUCUUUCUUCUCCUCUCAUCCACAACAGAGGACAGUUAACCAGCAGGUAAUUUACCCCCAGGCAAACUGUGUGGGACUGUCCAGCAUUAUUCACUCUUGCCCCGGGCGUCCCGCAAAUUGAAACAAAGUCGGGCAUUUGAUUGAUUAAAUUAUGAAAAGUCAAAAAGAAGGGGCAACAAUCGACAAAUGUUGUUUAGUGGCUGCAGUUUACAACCAUUAGAUAAUAUCUCCUUAUUUCUGUCUCUAUGCCCUCUAUGCAAAAGGAUGAGGAGAGAAGAGAAGUACGCGUAAAAGAUGCAGCGUCAGCUGUAACACGCAGCAGCGUGUCCUGCGCACCGCAGCCACUGUUAAAAAAAUAAAUAUCUAAACACAGAAAAUGAAUCUGAAUGUAAUGGAAACUAUGUAAAAAAGCAAAAAUAAAAACGAAAAUGCAGCAAAAUAAAAACUGGAGAAUGUGUGAA